UCAAAACCUUGAGAGGUCUCUUGCUGUUAUGUGCCCUAGUGUCGCCGGAGGGAAGAAAGAAGGGAUCGAUUUUCUUCGAACGUGAUUUCCAGAGCUGCCGCUAUGUCGUACGAUGAUGUCGAGAUAGAGGACAUGGAGUGGAACGAGGAGCUUCAGGCGUACACUUAUCCUUGUCCGUGCGGCGAUCUGUUCCAGAUCACGAAGGAGGACCUCCGGCUCGGCGAGGAGAUCGCUCUUUGCCCUAGUUGCUCGCUCUAUAUCACUGUGAUCUACAAUAUGGAGGAUUUCCGUACCGACACGAAGAAGAAUAACGAGCCUCGAAGCCGACAACCUUUGGCCGUCGCCUGAGAAUUUUGGUGUUGUGAUGAUUCUUGGAGAACAGUGGAAGGAGACCCUUCUACUGUAUCAAGUUUUGGUAAGUUAUAUAAUAUGACCCACGAGUAGUGUGUAGAGUAAUGGAUGAUUCCCCACGUAGAGAUAUACAAAGAAAAUCAGAUGGCUGUGUUGUUAAUUCCUAUGUGAUGAACCAGAUUAUUGGUGUGUUCUUAUACACACAUUUGACCUAAAGAAAAUACUAAACAUGCUUUUGGUUAUUGCAUUGGAUGGUUUCUACUUACCUUGCAUUGCAUGUGCCCCCCCUGAGUGUUUGGAAUAUGAAACUUUGGAUGAAGCACGAAGUUUCUGUUAUCAAAUCUUUGAAUGCUGGAAUGUUCUUUUGUUUAUGAACAAAUGACGGGUUAUUCUUUCAAUUUUAUCAUACACAUUCAAUUCAA